UGCGGCGCAGGAACACUGCAAUGCAAUGCAUUUUCUCAAGUCUCACCCUUUUACGUGAUGUACAUCUGAUUUGUUAUCCAAUCCUUGUAAACACUACUUCCGACAUAGAUAAAUAAAUUGGUCUCAUAAAAUAUUCGAAGAAGUUAGUUAAUCGUCAAUUAAUAAUAAGGUUAAAAUAAUUGGUGUCGCAUUGUUGGUUUUGGGUCUGCUUUCUUAUACCAGCCGAUGUCGCCAGUUUUUGCACUUGUGCUAUCAGGCAAGAAGAAGGACUAGCAGAGCAGAGAGUAUCGAAAUUUGGAUUAUCAGAAAUAAUGGCGACUGAUAUUUUUAAUGAUGAUUGGAUUCAGGAAGAACAGUUCCAGGGAUGGUUGGUGAAAGUUAGUAAUGAUGAGAGAAGAAGUUACUGCAGAUUUUGUGCAAUCGUGUUACAAGCUCGGAAAGGAGACCUAUCUGCCCAUGGUCGGACACAAGCGCACAUUGCGAAUGCGAAAAUUGCACAAGAAUCUGGCAUUUCGACGGGGCCCAUUAGCGUUCAAAUUGUCUGCAAUGAAGAGGAAAACGAGGACUUUACACAACCCGAGGAAGACGCAGGAGGUGGAGGAGAGAUAGAAUAUAAACCAGAAUUAUUUGACACCAUUCGAACCCGACAGAAAAGGACGUCCACCAGUGGAAAGAAUUAUAUCAAAAAAUAUAGGACGGCUUGGGAAGAAGAGGAAGAGUUCAAGGACUGGCUCCAAGCAUAUCCAGACGAUGUACAACGCGCAUUUUGUAAAGCGUGUAAAGCUAUCCUUCGAGCACACAAGCAUGAUCUUUCCUGUCACGCCAGAACUGCCCGUCAUCUCAAGAAAAUUCAAGAGUAUAAAGGAGACCAAUUUUUCAUGAUUGCUGGAGACGUUGUUGCCACUUCAUUGGCUUCACCAAUUAAGCGAACCCUCGAAACUUCAGCGAGCAGUAGUGCUGGCGGUGGCGAAAUUGGCGAAAUUGGGAUUGAAAUCGACACAAACGGAAUUUUCCCAGAUAAUGGAACCCCCGAUGGUUCACCCGACGAUAAAAGACCAAGAAUUAUCAAAAUGUCGAAAGCCCAUUUGAAAAAGGAAUCUCCGAAACCAUUUUCAAGAAAAAAAGUACGGUUUACUUCUGCCGAUGUGGUUGAAGCUAUCGAAAAUAACGAAUUUACAGGGUAUGAGCUCCUCCAAAUUGUUAAAAAGGCAGUGCCAAAACUUUAAACUGUAAUUUAUUUGGUAAUUAAGGAUUUUUAAAAUCUAUAUUUGACUGUAUAAUUUUACGCGUGUCAAUUUCAUCAAAUUGCAUAUCACAAUCUUUGUUUUACCGACAACUUUCUAUCACAAAGUUUAUACACAGUUAUCAUCUACAUAAGUUACCAGCGUGUUAAACAUAAUUAAUUUAGGAAUUAACAAAUACUUAUUUGUUUGUGGACGAACAUUCAUAUAUGUAAAUAUUACAAAUAAAGAUAUUCUGAUUACGCGAUA